ACUAUAUAUACACAACCUUCCACUCUUUAUUCGGAUAAUUCUGUUAUACCAAUCUUAUUUCUUUUUCUCUUUUAAUCUCUCUCUAAAAUCCAUAUAAAUCUUCUCAGAUUUCAUAACAAAUUAAUAAAAUUCUCUCUCUAGAAGCUUUUUCAAGUUCUUCAAUGGCUACAGAGUCAGAAAACAUCAAAUUCGAUGAGGAAUACGUAUUGAAUUCGAGAGGAUUGAAGCUAUUUACAUGUCAAUGGAUUCCGACGAGUCAAGAACCGAAGGCUUUGAUUUUUAUCUGCCAUGGUUACGCCAUGGAAUGCAGUAUUACCAUGAACAGUACCGCGAUUCGGCUAGCGAAAGAAGGAUUUGCAGUUUACGGAAUAGAUUAUGAAGGGCAUGGAAAAUCAUCUGGAUUACCAGCAUAUGUUGAAAGUAUGGAUAAUGUAAUUGAUGAUUGUUCUAAACAUUUUACAAAAAUAUGUGAGAAGCAGGAGAAUAAAGGAAAAAUGAGGUAUUUGUUAGGAGAAUCCAUGGGAGGAGCUGUGACUCUUCUUUUGCAUAGAAAACAACCUCAUUUUUGGGAUGGAGCUAUCUUGGUGGCACCCAUGUGUAAGCUUGCUGAUGAAAUGAAACCGCCACAAGUGGUGAUAAGUGUUCUCACAAAGCUUUGCAAUUUCAUUCCAACUUGGAGAAUUAUACCUUCAAAGGACAUUAUUGACCUUGCAUUUAAGGUCCCUGAAGUUAGAGAACAGGUUAGAGCAAAUAAAUAUUGCUAUAAAGGUCGUCCUCGCUUGAAAACUGGACAUGAACUUUUGAAGACUACAAUGGAUAUAGAACAAAGGCUUCAAGAGGUUUCGUUACCAUUUAUGGUUCUACACGGCGAAGAUGAUAAAGUGACGGAUAAAUCAGUUAGCAAGCAACUAUACGACGUAGCAUCAAGCACAGACAAGACAAUCAAAUUAUACCCAGGAAUGUGGCACGGUUUAUUAUACGGAGAGCCCUUAGAAAACAUUGAAAUUGUUUUCAAGGACAUAAUUGAAUGGUUAGAGAAGAGAACUAAUGAAGAUAAUGCAAGAUUUGAGAGACAAUUAAAACAAAGAAAUGAUGAUUUGUCUCAAUCUAAAUAAAGGGUUUAGCAAGAAAGUUUGAUAUUUUAGAGACAAUUAAAAUUAUUGUUAGCUUGCUAGCCAAGAAACCCAAUUAGGGUUUGAUGGGAAUAGAGUGACUAUGGAAGAAAAUUGGUUGGAUUUUCAAUUCAAGAUUUGAAGUUGGCUAGAGAGUGGCAUUGGCCAAGUUGGUGGAUUCUAUGUUUUGAAAUUUUAGGUGUAGAGCAUACAUAAAUGAUAAAUGUGAGAGAUUUCUAUUCAUUUGAUUGUUUACAUAAGUGAAUCACUUAUUUACAAAUAAAAAUAAAUUUAUAUUCAUUGAA